GCAUCACACUGUCCCGCGUUUAGAUGAUGGACGGAUUUCUGACAGAGCGCUAGAAAAUGACCGUGGACCGCAUUGGAGACCUUCUGCAGCAUAAGAAACAAUUGUAAUGGAUUUUUCCCUAAAAAGAACAUCAAAUGUAUGCAGUUUUAUGAAGUAAACUGCUCAUUCGCUCGGAAGGAAUGAAAAUCGCUCUGGAUUACAUGUCUUGUUAUGAUGUUCAAAACUGCGUAUAUACAUUCACUCAAGCAAGCAGGUAUUUGAAAAGUUGUCACUGAAAUAAACGACCGUGAAUUUUCGUUUGGAGGUGAGGACUAGUAUAACAACUCAAAUGGAGUUGCCGCUGGUGGUUUUUACGGUAGUGUGCUGGGUCUCCGUAUGGUCGGACGACCGGAUCAUCUCAGACAGACACUCGGUCUACUGGAACAGUUCAAACUCCAGGUUCUGGCAGGGUGAAUAUACGGUGGCCGUGAGCAUCAAUGACUAUCUGGACGUGUACUGUCCGUACUAUGAGACGCCCCAGCCUCACAGUCGCAUGGAGCGCUACAUCCUUUUCAUGGUCAACCAUGAUGGUUACCUCACCUGUGAGCACCGCAUGAGGGGCUUCAAGCGGUGGGAGUGUAACCGGCCCCAGAGUCCUGACGGACCCCUGCGCUUCUCUGAGAAGUUUCAGCUCUUCACCCCCUUCUCGCUUGGUUUUGAGUUCCGACCUGGACACGAGUACUAUUAUAUAUCCUCUCCUCAUCCUAACCACGCUGGCAAGCCGUGUUUAAAGUUGAAGGUGUACGUGAAGCCUACAAGUUCGGGCUACGAGUCUCCAGAGCCAUUCCUGACUGAUCAGAGCCAGCGCUGCAGGGCAGAUGGCCCAUGCCUAGCUGUGCUGCUGUUGCUACUGGCCUUUCUGCUGGCCUGCAUUUAAGAAGCUCCGCCGAUGCCCAGACUGCCUAACGCUCUCCCUCCAUCCAUACUCCCUCAGGGAAGCCCUCUCAUCCAGACCUCCGGCUGCAGUCGGAUUCACGUGUCUUCUUUUUUACCGAACGAGCUCCUCGCCGCUGAUCCGAGGACAAGAGACGUUCGCCCUGCUUUAGCGGCUGAUGUAAAGCUGAACA